AAUACCUCAAACAGCAUAACCAUGGCAAACUCAUUCACCCGUAUAAUGUCCAGACGGAGCACAGCUGUGAUGUUGGCCAGUUUGGGAGCUGCAUCAGGAUACCUUCUCAGUGACAGAACUGUUGCUGCUGAGAGGAGGAGGGUCUAUCCACCCAGUGCUGAUUUCCCAGACCUGAGGAAGCAUAACAACUGCAUGGCAUCAGCUCUGACUCCAGCCAUAUACGCACGUCUGAGAGACAGGACAACCUCCAAUAACUGGACCCUGGACCAGUGCAUCCAGACCGGGGUGGACAACCCUGGGCACCCCUUCAUCAAGACUGUGGGUAUGGUUGCUGGAGAUGAGGAGAGCUAUGAGGUGUUUUCUGAGUUGUUUGACCCUGUCAUCAAGGACAGACACAAUGGGUAUGACCCUCGCACAAUGAAACACCCCACUGACCUGGAUGCCUCCAAGAUUACCUCUGGGAUGUUUGAUGAACGCUAUGUGCUGUCCUCUCGUGUCCGUACGGGCCGCAGCAUCCGUGGGCUGACCCUCCCUCCUGCAUGCACACGCUCUGAGCGUCGUGAAGUGGAGCGGGUGGUUGUGAUGGCUCUGGCUGGUUUGAAAGGAGACCUGGCUGGUAAAUACUACAGUUUGGGAGAAAUGACUGAGAGAGAGCAGCAGCACCUUAUUGAUGAGCAUUUCCUGUUUGAUAAACCUGUAUCACCUCUGCUCACGGUAGCUGGGAUGGCUAGAGAUUGGCCAGAUGCACGCGGAAUUUGGCACAACAACGAGAAAAACUUCUUGAUCUGGGUUAAUGAGGAGGAUCACACAAGGAUUAUAUCCAUGGAGAAAGGAGGAAACAUGAAACGAGUGUUUGAAAGGUUCUGCCGGGGUCUUAAACAGGUGGAGCAACUCAUUCAGGAGAGAGGUUGGGAAUUCAUGUGGAAUGACCGUCUGGGCUACAUUCUCACCUGCCCCUCCAACCUUGGUACUGGACUCAGGGCUGGUGUGCAUAUCCGCCUACCACUCCUCAACAGGGACCCUCGCUUCAACAAGAUCCUGGAAAACCUGAGGCUGCAGAAGCGAGGCACUGGAGGUGUAGAUACAGCUGCAACUGGGGACGUCUGUGACAUCUCUAACCUCGACCGCCUGGGCAGAUCAGAGGUUGAGCUGGUACAAAUAGUGAUCGAUGGUGUGAACUACCUGAUUGAGUGCGAGAAGAGACUGGAGAGGGGUCAGGACAUCAAGAUCCCUUCGCCCAUCCCUCACUUCAGAAAGUGAAAAAUCUCACUUGCUGGGGAAGUCUGGAAUGAGAGCAGGUGCUCCAAUCACCAGCAGCUGCUCUUAUAUGUACCAGAUAGUAAUGGAAUGUAUAGCAUUGCAUUGAUGUAUAUGCACAAUAAAUUCUUUACACGUACAAGAAUUC